UUUUGGAAUAAUGGAUUGCCUAAUAUAUUAUAAACAGCUAUUAUAUUUUUAAACAUUUUAUACACAACUUUAAUAACACGCCAUCGAAUACGUAAAAUCCCAUUUGGCAAAUUCUUUUGUGACAAAUAUAAAAGGAUAUAAGAAUGGCUACAUCACUUGCGGAACAACUGAAAAAGCUUAGAACGCCGCAGACUAGCAUUUUGUUACAGGACAAAAAACGAGCUAGUUUAUUAUUUGAUCCAAAAGAAGCUGCCAAUUUAGAUAGGGAAACAGUUUUGAAUAUUGGUCAAAAUGGGUUACAAGAAUUAGCUAAGCUAUCAGAUCUAUUUUUAGAAUUUGAGAGAACACUUUUUGCACCGAGCUCACUGAGUCUCGAACGUGCUAUACAGGAUGUUAAAGUUAACAAAAAAUUGGAUGGAGAAAUUGAAAGAUUUCUGAUCCUCCUAUCUCCAUACUUUCUGCUCAAUAAUGCUCACAAAGCACUUGAAUGGUUAAUACAUCGAUUUCGUAUACACGAGUUUAAUAGGGAUCAGUUUCUACUAUUAAUUUUACCUUAUCAUGAAACUCGAAUGUUUGUAAGAGCAUUACAGUUAUUAAAUCUAUCAGAUGCAGCUGAUAAAUGGCAUUGGCUGGAACCCCUUCAAAAGCCUGGUGUUCCAUUAGCUACAGUAUCAUUGAUCAAUCGUCUUUGUUCUGAUAAUGGUUUCCUAAAACUUAUUUGCAAUCACGUUAUUGCUGCUACAAGAGUGUAUUCAGAUCGUUCAUCUUGUUUAAGUACAUUGUAUGCAUUUUAUACCACUUCCAUAUUAGGGACUAUUGAACAAUCUCCUACUAUGUCUGAAAUUCAGAUAAAUCACAUGUUACCAACCAUUCUGAAAGGCUUGGAAAGUAUUAUAUCUGAUUUUGCAGCUGGUACUUACAUGAUUCUGGCAUUGUUAAUGACUAAAGUGAAAUUGAAUAAUGAAACUACAGAGAAGUUACUUUUGAAAAUAUUCAAGAAAACAUAUUUAAAAGAGGAAGCAAUGGUUUUGAUAUUUUUCUUAUACAAUGCGCCAACUUAUCGACUUACUACUGUUUCAAACAGCCUCGCAAAUCGAUUAUCAGAGCUUUCUUGGUUCAUUCAACUUGCAAUUAAGCUACAAUCGUCCAACACAAAUAUAUUGAAAUUUAUUGUGCCCUUGUUACAAACCAGUUGUCGCGUGAUAUUGAACAAUCCGUCAGGAACAACGCGCAUUCAGAAUAUGGUCAGUGAAAUAUUGACACGAAUAAAGCUUGACAAUAAUGGGGUAGACACUAUCUUGUGGAAUGUUUUGGAAAAGGAGUUUCUCGCAAGCAAUAUAUCAAAUGAAGCAAAAAAUUUUCUGAUGCAUUUGUAUCAGUGCUUAGAAAAAAUGUACCCUGAGAGAUUUGACGAUUAUCUAAAGAAUCUUAUGAAACGCAGUGACACAGACAAAGACUCGAAAUUGGCAUUACAAUUUCUCACUUCCUGGCAUUUUGGAGCUAGAGAUACACAAGACUCUGUAGGCAUCCUUGACAAACUAAUUCACAUCAGUCCAGAACAAAGAAUUAUGGCAUUGGAGACUUUAGCUGAAAAUGAUGUGAAUAUUCCAGAAAGUUUUCAGGAUAUGAUGACAAAUACAUUGCAAGCUAGAUUCAGCGACAGUGAAAUUAAUGUAAUAAAAACUUUGCUAUCCUUUCCUACAAAACGUCUGACAAGUUUACUUCCUGUUGAUAUGUUGAUAGACGAGUUGAAGGUGUUGUUAUCAAGUUGUCAUAGCAGCAGUAGGAAGAUUUUAGCAAAACCAGCUCUAAAGAUUCUGUUGGAACUGUGCGAGGUAGGAGAUGAUACCAGUGUUUUCAUCACAUCUCUGUCAUAUUUGUUUCCCAAUGACGACGCAGAUGUGAAUAUCGCGAUGGAAGUAUUACAAUCGAACUUUGCUAAGAAAAAUGCUUAUAUGCAACACGUAAGAAAAGAUUUGGGCAAAUCGCCAAACGCAGAAGCAGUGUCAUCUGCAGCUUUCCAUAAUAUAUUAAACUGGGAACUGUUACCUCCAACUGAAAGUAUAUUAAGUGCUAUGAAACAACAGAUUGCUCAUGGUGAUGCAGCUUCCAUGUUCUUCAACUUAAUUUUACUGGGAUCUGUGUGCAGAGUUCCUGUUGGAUCUUUGCAGCCAGAAAUCGCGAGGGAAGUUAUCGAAAUGGCCACGGAAAUAAUUAAAAAGUAUCCACAAGUCAAAAUGUUGCAGAACUGUAAUAAUAUAACAGGGAACAACAUACAGACUGCUAUCGAAUUGACUUCACAGGGAGUCCUACCACUGCAAGUGAGCACUUAUGUUUUAGAAAUGGUUCAUAGGCGUUUAGAUCUGAAGUUGAAUUCAAAGUUCGACUUUGAGAAUAAUCCACAUCGCAGUAAUUUGAUUUUGAGGCUCCUAGAAAUGUUCUUUGAGGGAAUAGAGAACAAAAAUUGGUGCAAGCAUUACUGUCGAUGCUUGCAGAUAUUCUUCCAAAGGCACUUUGCUACAGUGAAAGAUUUAAUCCGAUUUUUGUCUCAGUUGUACAUAAAACCAGUGCAAGUUCAGACAUCCUUUCACUGUUUGAGAAUAACUCUAGUCCUUUUGAAUCAGUGCAAGUCCAUGCAAUGGGCGUUUCAAGAUAAAAUCUUCGUAACAAACUUGUUAAUUUCUCUCGCCAGAGAAAAUAACGAUUGUCGAAUAGCCGCGUUGGAUAUCCUCAAGAAACUCAUGCAAACCUUCAACUUAUCGGUCGAUGGAUUCUCAGCCUUACUACAAGAAUUAGUAAAUAGAUGUCCAGAGAUAUCCUUAGACCCUGAUCAGCUAUCGUUGUCUCUUUAUGUUCUACUCUCUCCAGAUCCAGACGUAUGUUCGCAAUUAAAGUCUGACUUGCGAAAGAAUCUUCAACAGGCACAAAAAUUGUUGUUCGAGGUUGUCAUGGACCCAGAGACUCCUAUACACGUCAAAUCACAACUGUUGGAUAUUCUGGUACACGUUAAUGGGCCAACGAUACUUGAACGAUUAGCUCCUCUUGGACUUGAACUUCUACAAACCAUAUCCACCGAAUCGAAGAACAAAUCCGCCGGAAACGUAUUAAAGAAUUUACUCCAGAGAUUUAACAGUUCAACGGUAAACGUUCUUACCGCAGAGCAAGUAUGGCAACUGUUUCAGAACAGCAUAAUUGCGCACAAUGCUGAGAUAAUUACGGAAACUGGCGUGAAAUAUCCACCAAGCAUAAUUCUCUUGAAACAAAUAGAAGAGACAUUUUUCGAGAGCGCUGGGAAAGUGUCACCCGAACUUCAAAAGAAUAUCCUCGCCAAACUGAUCGACGUGGUCACCGAUAGUAAUAUGAGCAACGUCAUUUCUACAGCUAACAGAGCUAUCAGAAGAAUUCGUAUGAAUGCACAGCUUAUAGUUAAUGAGUUACAAACAAUGAGAAAUCUUAAAAACUCCCAGCCAAACGAUGUCAACUCGAAGAACAAGAAACGAUUGAGCCAUGUACGUACCAUUCCUGAUCCAACGUUCAUCGACCGGAGAGAAUGGAAACGUGGAGUAACCCUCCUGGAAUUCGUGCAGCAGGCUGAUAACAUCGAGCACGAGGAACUGCUUUAUCCGAUCUUAUUCGAUUUAUUGAAAAUGUGUCUCAGUUUCGAGGAACAGAGCCCUAUAGAGUAUACCAAUCAAUUGUUGUUGUCGACAAUUCAUCGACUCACGGUCAAGAAGCUACCCAUACGGGACGCUCAUUUGCAAGUGGACCUAAUAACUCAGUGCAUUAGGACUUCGAGGAAUCCUCAAACCCAUCAUCACGCCCUGCUAGUCCUGGUGGAGCUCUUAAAAAUUGUUGACGUUCGUUGCGCACUUUAUACUAUCAUGCCCAUAUUCACCUUCAUGGGUAGCUCGGUGGUACGCCAAGAUGACGCUUAUUCGAUACAAAUCAUCUCCAAGACCAUCGAAACAGUCGUUCCCAUAAUUAACGCAGCGGAAAACGAGACGCACGCUUGCGAAGUUUUGAGAACAUUUAUCGUUUCCCUGCCGGACAUUCCUGAACACAGACGAAUGCCUCUGUUUGUGAAACUAUUACAGCUGCUAGACAAUCAUUUUCAUCUGUACUAUUUGCUCACUUUCGAGAGCCACGUUGUGUCUAGGACCAUGCGUAUCACAAACCAGAAGACAUCUGGUCAAAGACUGGAGUUCGCUCUGCAGGUCUCACAAGAGUUUCCACCGUCCAGACUGGUGCAAGUCUGCGUGAAGCUUGCACAGUUCAUGAAGGAACUGCCAGUCGAUAUAGAGCGGGAAGAAGACCGAAAAUCUGCGUUAUCUUUUAAGCACAAGCACAUCUUCGACGUGGCCAACAGCAAUCCCAAACACCUAAGACAUUACAAGUAUAUUCUCGUGCAGUUCCUAAGCAACUUGUUGUCGUCGCCCGACUUCAUCAAUCGAGUCGCGGAGCUCAACUCCGACGAAGUGAAUAACCUCAGACCGUACUACGAUCAACUGAUCAUCGAAUUGAUUCUACUGAUAGAGAGCGCUUCAAAGAACGCGGACAAACAUCAAGGUCAAGCGAUUGGGAAGUACUGGAAGGUACUUCUGCAUCAUCUCUACGAUGUACUCGAUCUUGUCAACAAUUUACUACCAAACGGAAUCUUCCUACUCAGCGUUAAGCGUCUAAUGGAGAACGAGUUGUUGACAGUAAAGAGAAAAGCUCUGGAAUUGCUCAACACGCGUCUACAGCAACGGAAAUUCGGAGAGGAGGAUCAUAUUGAUUUGUUGAGUUUGGUCGGGUCCCUGGUGAAGCUAAUCGAGCCACGAAUGAAGUCGGAAACGCAAGAACAGGAAAUUGUUCAACAGACUAUUCUGAUCACUCUUAAAUUACUAGCCAAAUUGUUAGCCACUGAACACCCCACAGUGUUCAAACCGAUUCUAGAGAUGACCACUGAACUUCUGCGAACAAGGGAAGGACCAGUAUUAGGCAGUGCGGUGCUCUGCGUCGCAGAAUUAUGCAGCACAAUGCGCAUUCACGCCAUACACUCGCUGAAUAAAUUCGUUCCAGCGAUUCUACAACUAUUGGAGAAUCAUUGUCACCAAGAUGUGCCUGAUGUGAUAGUUGUCAGUAUGGUCAGCGCAUUGCAAAAGAUAGUCGAGUCUGUGGGGAACUUUCUAUCCCUAUACCUGGAUCAAUUGUUAUUUGAAUUGGCUAGACUGAAUUCCUUGUAUACCGACACGGAACAUCCAAAGAUUGGUAUCGUGGUGUCGCGUUUGAAAGCAACGACGCGAAAGCUUUCCAGUUGCAUACCUCUACGAGUACUGCUUCCAGCAGUGAACAGGACAUACGUCACAUUGCUCACGAAGAAGUCGUAUCAGUGUAUACCAGCGCUAAUGGCCGUCUUGGCGGAGUCCUUUAACAGCGUUCAACCAACUGACUUAAGUGCAGCCUUACCAGACUUGAGCGCGUUCUUCUUGAAAGUAUUGCAAUUUCGCGAGGACAUUUCUGAAGAUGAUAUGGAAGUGGAUGGCUCAGAACUAACGUUGAAGGAUGUAGUGGUCGUAGAGGAAAGCGCUAGCAAAGCACUGGUCGCUCUUGUUUUGAAACUCAGCGAAGCCACGUUCAGACCAUUUUAUUAUAAAUUGUACGAUUGGGCUGCCAGAAACCCACAGUACAAGCAACGGAGCAUUACGUUCUAUAGACUGUCUGCUAAUAUAGCAGAAUGUUUGAAGUCGCUGUUCGUGCUCUUCGCUGGCCACUUCCUCAAACACGCGGCUGUAUUAUUGAGCAGUAACAAUCCAUCUAUCACGAUCGAGCCUCAAGAAAUGACCCUUACUGACGAUUUAAGCAAGACUGAAUUAGUUGAGGCUAUUUUACUCACCCUCUACCGAGUUUUCAGUUACGACGCGCAUAAUGUUGUAAAUCAGGAGAGGUUCGAGACACUGGCCCAACCUAUUGUAGAUCAACUCGAGAAUACUAUGGGCACUAAGGAGGAAUACGAAAAGAAAACAAAUGAACUAGUGGUACCUUGUAUUGCAGCCUUUGCUGGUGCUAUUCCUGAUGACUCUUUACAUAAACAGCUAGUUUACCAAACGUUGCUAAAGACUAGACACGCGAAACCGUACGUCAGAAGCGCAGCACUGAAUGCAUUGGUUGAGAUUGUAAGGAAACUAGGAGAGGACUUCAUGCCACUGUUACCGGAAACGAUACCUUUCCUGGCAGAACUAUUAGAGGACGAGGAUGAAACAACGGAGAAGUGUGCGCAAAACGCAGUCCGCACUAUGGAAGAAAUCUUAGGAGAACCAUUACAAAAAUAUUUUUAAAUUAAUUAUUACGUUAUACAAUGAAUGUACGAUUAUGUACAUACAAGUGCGUUGGAUGCAAUAAAAUAAACCAAUUUUUACACUUUAUUUUCGUUACGUGUUCACCUUACCUUAACGAACAGAUUUUAUUCGUUACUUUCGAUCGAUCAGAUACUAAACAGAAGGAGACAUAUUAAGAAAACAUCCGUUUAUUCUUAACUUAGUCACAAUUUGGACGAAAUAUAGAAUAUAUUAUUUCCUUACAUUAUAAUACAUUAUCGUAAAUGUGUGUGUACGUCAAAUUGUGGCAGCACUAGAGAGGCGCCCGAGUUCUAACAUUGAGAGCGAAUUUAUACGCGGCAACGAGCGCAUUUUAUAGUCUUUCAUCGAGAGCGUCCCCGUUAUAUAUGUGUGCGUGAAACAUUUCCCGUUCACGCAACCUAUUACCACGAAGAACAUGAUUUUGAAACGAAAAACUAAACACAAAUUUCAAGGAUCCCUGACUCGCCUCGGCAACGAUUCCUCGCGACGAUCUUCUUCGAGAUCGAUUUUUGGAGAUCAUCCUCGUACAAAAAUGCAACGUAGGCCUCAUCGCUGACGUUUCUGCUGGCAUCGUGAACUUAAUUGGUCGAUUCUCACACAAUUCACACCUGGGGCACUUCUACUGAAUUUCGUAGGGCCAUCUCCUCGCCUUGUUCUAGUGGCGGGACUUUCC